CGCAAAGACGUCGUUCCCCUCACGUGUGAGAACUUCCGGUGCCUUUGCACUCAUGAGAAGGGCUUUGGCUUCAAGAAUACGGUCUUUCAUCGGAUUAUACCUAACUUUAUGCUACAGGGCGGCGACUUCACGAACAGCGAUGGGACGGGCGGCCGCUCUAUAUAUGGCCGCAAGUUUGAAGACGAGAACUUUGCGCUCAAACACAACAUCCCGGGCCUGCUAUCGAUGGCCAACUCCGGGCCCAAUACGAACGGAUCCCAGUUCUUCAUAACGACGGCCCAUACGGAGUGGUUGGAUGACAAGCACGUGGUGUUCGGACAGGUAGUGCAGGGCAUGGAAGUGGUGAAGAGGAUUGAGUUGUGCGGCACGAAGAGUGGGAAACCCACGAAGAAAGUGGUGAUCACUAACUGCGGAGAACUCGUGUGAUUGGGGACUCUCAAUCAAUUCAUUCAUAUCUCACAAACAGUUAUACAAAUAAAUAGUUAAAUAAACAAACAUUUCGUUACAAAUCAGUAUGAAUUGACAUUCAUUUCAAUGCAUACAAUUGUCAUUAACUUCACAAAAAUUCAUUUAAAAAUGUCUUUAUUUUUGCCUUAAUUUCCAUGAAAUAUAACCAC